AUGCUUAACUCAGCUGCCGAAUCCGAAAUCGACGACCUCGAUGAGAGCAAAGUCUGCGAAGCCGACGAUGACAGUCCCAGCGAUAACGCUGAUGGUCAGCAAUUCAACUGCGAGCCCAUCGAUUGCUUAAUGAUCAGUAACGAGCUUUAUCGCAUUGUUGAAGCUUCGGAUCAAGAGAUGCUUGACAAAUUCCAUAACUUCCGGUACAUCUUAGGCCGACAGUCGCAUAAGCGUGUCUUGGGCGACCUCGAGACAUUUACGCUCACCCAAGAUGAAGAGAAUAUUCCUCAAGCGAUGGCCCUAUACGAUUUACACGAACCAUAA